CUCUCCUCGAGAACGCCAUCCAUCUCAGAUCGCUCCAAAUCCUAUACUCGCGAGAGCAAUGCAGUAUUCGCAAUACAGAGGGAGAUGCUGAGGGAGAUGCGUAGCAGUCCGGUAGAGCUGUCACUCUGGAUCCCAUCUCCCAGUUACCUCUCUAGCAUCCAACAUAUCCAGACCAUCAGACGUCUCACCCUCUCGGAGCUCAACUUGGAUAACGAAGAGUAUCCAAACGAUGCCGAAGCGUCACAACUCCCAUCGCCCACUGUUUCGAGCCUGACUCUGAAUAGAUGUCGACUCUCGAUGUCCGAGGCAGUCCAAGCUUUCCCCAAUGUGCGAGAGCUGCGCGUGGAGUGUCGAUUCGAUUCGAAUUCGACAAGCAGCGUAUGUUGGCCACAUAUGGACUACGUCGGGGGACCUAUAGAGCUCCUCGAGAAAUGGUCAUUCAAUUGUUACGUGCACCAUCUCUCGAUAACAUCGGCCCUCUACCUCGAUUCAGCCCAUGACGUUACCGUGCUAAACACGCGGACACAUUUAGCUCAUGACGGCCAUCGCUCAAUCACUCCGAUGCUGGACAAACUAGAGCAGCAGGUGCACGUGCUCAUAGAACAUAUACAUUCCCUCCAAUAUGUCUCUAUUCAAUAUACCACAAGCAGAGCACUCGAUGCUGGCUGGUGGAGGAUUGUGCGCUCGGGUGAGGAACGGACUGUGGAACGCAUUUCCCAGUACGAUGCAGAGCAAAUAAGGGCCAAAAUCAAUGCGCGUGAUCUCGACCCCGCCUUGUUCAUUUAA